UCUCACGUUUUUCCUCGCAUCCGGAUUUCAGUCCGUGUUUGCACUUCUGCUCAUCCGCCUGGGUUUAUUCCAAUGAACUUUUUUGGAAGCGGGAAAGCAGUCGCCAGAUAUUCUGCUGUCUUGGUCUGCACCAAAUUAAGUUGAACGGUCAGUUUACGCCCAACAGCAGCAGCAGCAGCAGCAACAGCAGCGGCGGCGGCAGCUUUCAGCACCAUGGAGAGCAACGUGGUGCACAUCUUCAAAGAGGACCGGUGUCCCUCGGGCCAGCCGGGGGAGUGCAUCCCAAACUUUACCUGGCAACCUUCGGAUAUUUUCAACUACACUGCCAACGCCACCUGGGAUGCUGAACCCGAGCCAAUGUCGCCCAUCAUCCCCAUCAUAGUCGCCGUUUACUCCAUAGUGUUCGUGGUGGGCUUAGUCGGCAAUUGUUUGGUGAUGUAUGUCAUCAUAAGAUACACAAAAAUGAAAACAGCCACCAACAUCUACAUCUUUAACCUGGCCGUGGCUGACGCCCUGGUCACCACCACCAUGCCCUUCCAGAGCACCGACUACCUGCUCAGCUCCUGGCCGUUUGGCGAGAUAGCGUGCAAAGUUUUCAUCUCCAUCGAUUACUACAACAUGUUCACCAGCAUCUUCACCUUGACCAUGAUGAGCGUGGACCGAUACGUAGCUGUGUGUCACCCUGUUAAGGCCUUGGAUUUCCGGACCCCCGUCAAGGCCAAGAUCAUCAAUGUUAUCAUCUGGGUGCUGUCGUCGGCUGCUGGGAUCCCUGCCAUGAUACUGGGCAGCACCAAUACUAAUAACGGGACUACAGAGUGUGCUUUACAGUUCCCUGAUCCCUACAUCUACUGGGACACGCUGAUGAAGAUCUGUGUCUUCAUCUUUGCAUUUGUGGCACCGGUCAUCAUUAUAACUGUCUGCUACACUCUGAUGGUCAUGAGGCUGAAGAGCGUGCGGCUGCUGUCAGGCUCACGCGAGAAGGACCGCAACCUGCGUCGCAUCACCCGUCUGGUGCUGGUGGUGGUCGCCGUCUUUGUGGUGUGCUGGACACCCAUUCACAUCUUCAUCUUGGUCAAGACGCUGUCAACAAAUGUCCCCGAGACCACGGCUGUUAUGGCCGCCUACUUCUUCUGCGUGGCGCUGGGCUACACCAACAGCAGCCUUAACCCCAUCCUCUAUGCUUUCCUGGAUGAGAACUUCAAGAGAUGCUUCAGAGACUUUUGCUGUCCCAGAACACAAGGACAAGGUGACUGUCAUGGAGUGAGCCGUGUGAGAAGCACUCUGCGGGAUCAUUCUUGCCCUGCAGAAGCUCGGGGAGGCGUAAAGCAAGCCAGGCCCGUAUGACUAGCCAUGGACAUGUCCUCUAUGCCCUAUCAGAGCUGGGAGGACUCCAAUGAGCUGGGCUUAACUCAAAUCACUACAGCUAUCUGAGAUAAAAGCCAGAGUCAGGGCCAGAUUUUUAGCUCUGUAUCCAGCACGUUGGUCAAAUAAGCCAAAAACAUGUUCACUUAAAAGAUUAGCCUGGUGCUAAUCUAUGUUUUAUUCUUACUACACAAAUCCCAUGAAAAGGCCACAACCAACAAAGA